AGAAAUAUUUUGAAUAUUGACUUUGUUUAGUUUAUUACUGUUUACUUCUUUUAACAGUGGAGUUUUUAUGUACAAAUGUUUAAUUUUUUUUUUGAAGGUGUCUUUGUUUUAUAGCAUUUCUUUGCAUGUACCUAAGACUUUUGCACAGUACUGUAUACCAGGUAUAAAAGGUGUAGCACCCGAGAGACAAAGAGAGGUGAAGUUUACAUUUUCCCCCUGAGAUAUACUACCACGUUUCCCGAGUAAUGGCCGCAGUGUGUUCCUUUGACAGAUCACAGUAGUAGCGACGUCUAUGGCCACAAUCUGAGCAUCACGAUGGACGAAGUAAGUGGAAAGUUUCCUAAAAAUUCCAAUACGCACAGCAGAGAUGAUCUGUCUAAGCAUCAGCAAAACCACAAGAAGAUCAAGCCGCUGGUGAAGAAGAAAACGCGCACCAUUUUCUCCAAAAGACAAAUCUUCCAGCUGGAGUCGACUUUCGACUUGAAGCGCUACCUGAGCAGCGCUGAGCGAGCAUGCCUCGCCAACUCCCUACAGCUCACUGAGACGCAGGUGAAAAUCUGGUUUCAAAACAGAAGGAAUAAACUGAAACGGCAGAUCUCCACAGACUUGGAGGGGUCGUACAGAGGAAGUGUUGGGAGUAAUAUUUUGGGAGGAUGUUUGUUGCCGACGCCGGUUCCACUUCUGUAUGCAGGGAGCACUCCACAUUACCUUUACCUAUCCCAUGCCAGCAAAUAUUUCAGCCUUUUCGAUGGAGAUACGUGAUUUCUCACAGCACAGACUGUGUUUCUUUCUUUCUUUCUUUUGUUCGUUUGCAUGGAUGAUACGCCAACAUUUGGAAGCACAACACUGAGUCAUUUAACUUGUGAUAAUAGUUGCACAAAAAAGACUGAACACUAAUGCUAUCGUGUUUAUUUUGCUAUGCAAGAUGUUAAUAAGGGAAACAUCAAACAGUUCUGUAAUAGCCUUUAUCACUCUUAAAUGAUAAAAUCGCAUCAUUUAAAAACUAAAUACAGCUUUGCUAAAAGACAUUCAAGAUCUUUGCUAAAGAAUCUGCUAUUUUAGAUGUUACUUUUUUAUUAUACGAAGAACACAUUGUGAUGGUUUUUUUAAUCGAUGUAA